UUCUGCAAAAGCAACAGAAAAGUGAGCAUCGCAAAUUUGAGCGAAGUUUCAGUGCUUGAUAAAGCAAUUCUCAAGUGAGAUUCUUUCUGAAUAUCGUUACCAAGUUAAAUAAGCAAGAAAAUGUCUCUUGUACCAUUGCUGUUCUCCGACUGGUGGGAAGAUUUGGAGCGUCCGCAUCGUCUCCUGGACCAGAACUUCGGUUUGGGCCUUCAUCCUGAACAACUGCUGACGCCAAGCCGAUUGGAAUUGUACGUGAAUCCACGAAGAAAGUCUCCUGCGUACUACAGACCGUGGGCUGACUGGCUUCGUUCCACCGACACAGGAUCUUCAACCGUCCAGGCUGACAAGGACAAGUUCCAAGUUGUGCUCGAUGUCCAGCAAUUCGAGCCAAACGAGAUCGACGUUAAAGUUGUUGACAACUUCGUCGUCGUUACUGCAAAUCAUGAAGAGAAACGCGACGAACAUGGCUGGAUCUCGCGUCAGUUUGUCAGGAAGUACCUGAUACCCGAACAAUGCGACAUCGCCCAGGUGGCGUCGAAGCUGUCUUCCGAUGGCGUCCUUACCAUCACCGCGCCGAGGAAGGAUCAACCGAAAUUGGAAAACGAAAGGGUAAUCAAAAUCGAGCAUACCGGCAAACCAGCGGUCCAAGCCAAGCCGUCGAAGCAACAGCAGUCGAAGCAGAGCGAGGAGAAGGCAGAAAAGUGAAGAGGUUCCACGAAUAAUUCUACCAUUCAUUAUAUUCCUACUUAUCAUAUUCCACUGUUCAUCGUUAAUUACGGUUAAAUUUCCUAUUAGCAUUUCUCGUUAUCAAGAUAUCAGUGUUAGGAUUGAAAAGUACAUUGUAUAGUGUAGCUCCUACAUGUUCGUUCUUUGUUCCAUACAUUAUUCGAUUCAAUAAAAUGUGAAUGUAUGUAUAUACGUAUACUUACUACUGCCGAUAUUUAAGACUUAUGUAUGUGAUUUUUUUUUUAUUUUAGUAAUAAAUUUCUAAGUAAUUAAA